UGUAAUUUUAUCUAAUUUACACAAUAACAUAGCGUCCUGCUCGAAACUUUUAUACAACUUGUAUAAAUUAUUUAUUUAUGGGUUACGCUGAUGGAUCACACUGGAAAGAAAGAAAUUUGAAAUUUAUCUUUAAUUGUUAAAGGAUCUACCGGAUAGAAUAAAACACAUUUUUACAGAAUGCCUGCCCCAGCAGCGGAACCAGCUCCACCAAGGACUGAAUUACAAGAAUUGCAGCUUAAAGCGACUGAGAAAACUGAUGAAUCCUUGGAGUCUACACGACGAAUGCUCGCUCUUUGCGAGGAGAGCAAAGAAGCUGGCAUUCGAACUCUUGUGGCCCUCGACGAUCAGGGAGAACAACUGGAUCGAAUUGAAGAAGGAAUGGAUCAAAUAAAUGCUGACAUGCGUGAAGCUGAAAAAAAUUUAAGCGGAAUGGAAAAAUGUUGUGGCAUUUGCGUUUUGCCCUGCAAUAAAAACGCAUCAUUCAAAGAAGAUGACGGUACAUGGAAAGGAAAUGACGAUGGCAAAGUUGUGAAUAAUCAGCCUCAACGAGUUAUGGAUGAUCGCAAUGGUCUAGGCCCGCAAGCUGGCUACAUCGGACGAAUUACAAAUGAUGCUCGUGAGGAUGAAAUGGAAGAAAAUAUGGGUCAAGUCAACACCAUGAUCGGAAAUCUUCGUAACAUGGCACUCGAUAUGGGAUCAGAACUUGAGAAUCAAAAUAGACAAGUUGAUAGAAUCAAUCGCAAGGGAGAAGAUAAUUAUGAUCGUUUGGAUGACGCGAGUAAGCGAGCUGGAAAGUUAUUAAGGUCCUGAAUAUAAUCAGAGAUCUUCAUUAUUGUGCUUAUGUUAAAAACUGCAGCAACUGAGUGAACUGAAAUAGACGUACGAAAAAGCUCGGAUAUCCCAAGAAAUAUAAAAUACUCUCAAUUAUAAGGAAGAACGACGAACUUGCAUCAGUUUAAUGAAUAAUUUAUUUGCAGAAAUAAAAAAUAACCAGAAGUUAUAAAACACAGUCAACUCUAUUUAAGAAAUGCUUUCAAAAAGAACAAAAUUCCCUCGAUAUAUCAUGUAAAUUUCCGGUCUCUCCAAAUAUUUAUUAUCAAGAGUUGAUUGUAAUAGAAAUUGUAAAAGAUUAUUCUAAAAAUAUUAAGAUUAAAUUUCUUGCGUUGCAUUAUUUUGUAGUUCCAAUUUAACAAAAGUUGUUUUCGAACACUUCUUGAACAGAUAAACAAACUAAAUUGUAUUCAAACUCUCAAAUAUUUGCAACCAGAAAUUUCGAGAUCAACCUUAAUUACUUUUAUAGAAAUUUUUUUCUCCAAAUUGUUAACUUAAAAUAAUUUGCAGAAAAUUUUAAAAUUUAUUGAAACGAAAAAAAAAAUUUGUGAAAAAAUUAAUUAAUCAAUUAGCAAGUUUAAAAAAUUGAAAUUUAAUUAUGAGAAUUACCUAUAUAUUCGUUUUAUUAUUCAAACAUUUUAAAAAAAGUUAGAGAUCGAAAGGAAGACUCCAUAGCUUUCCUGUGCUCAUAAAAUAGGCAGAAUAGCAAGUUUGUCACAGUCAAAAGUUUGUACAUGAAAAGUAAAAGUUUUUAAUAAUUGCAAGUGUGUUUCCUUUCCUUCAAAACUGUUAGCUUUUGCAUAAUAAAAGCACUAAAGCUAGGAAAUUGCUUAUUUACAAAAAUAUUAAUGUAGUUGAUCCAGAAGUUAAUAUUAUAAAAUAAGAUCGCGAUUUUACCAAUUAAGGUCAGAAACAAAGAAUUAAAUGUUGAAGUUUUUUUUUCUGAUUGUUGAAUUAUUUAUGAAAUAUAAACAAUGAAACAUGUUGAGAGCCUGUUGUAUUUCUUUAACUAAAAAGAAACGGAUAAGAUAGAUUAAAAUAAUUUAAAAUUGAUAAAUAUGAAAUUUUUUAUGAUUAAAUUUACAAAAAGUUAUCGAUUUUUGUUAGUUUUACAAGGAUGGUAGUGUGAAAUAAAAAUGUUUAAAGGAGACAAAAAUUGACAUCGAAAGCUUAAAGUAGUUAAACUUUGUGAGGUAAAAAGAACAUUUUCUAAUGAUUGAGUAAAAAUCCUAACAAGCACGCAACCGUGAGCAAAUUUAAUUUCAAAUUCGUUUUUUGGUUAUUAAAAUAAUGCUUUGAGCUUUCAGAGUCAGUUUUGAUACCUUCUUAUGCUACCCCUCAGUAAAAUCAUAUCAAUAUGUAUAAUAAUAAAUUUNUU